AUGACGUCCCAGUACAACUUCAAACGGAUCACCGUUGUCCCGACAGCGGCGGAACUGAAAGAAGUUGUCCUGUCCAAGACGCAAAGAAAGACGCCGACAGUCGUCCAUCGCCAGUAUUCGAUUGGUCGGAUACGCGCUUUUUAUGCCAGGAAAAUCAAAUUCCUCCAGCAGACGCUUCACGACAAGCUCACACAGAUCAUCAAUGAGUUCCCGAAACUAGAGGAAGUACAUCCCUUCUACUCGGAUCUCAUGAACAUUCUCUACGAUCGUGACCAUUACAAGAUUGCACUCGGCCAAAUGAACACCGCCAGACACUUGAUCGAUGGCAUUGCACGCGAAUAUGUGCGACUGAUGAAGUAUGGUGACUCGCUGUACCGUUGUAAAAUGUUGAAACGCGCGGCUCUCGGUCGUAUGGUCAAGCUGUUGCGUCGCCAGAAGAGUUCUUUCGAGUACCUGGAGCAGGUCCGCCAGCAUCUGUCGCGUCUCCCAAGCAUCGACCCCGGGGCGAGGACCCUGAUUCUUUGCGGCUUCCCGAACGUCGGAAAGUCUUCUUUCAUCAACAACGUCACUCGCGCUGAUGUCGAAGUCCAGCCGUACGCCUUCACCACCAAGGCCCUCUACGUCGGUCACUUGGAUUACAAGUUCCUCCGCUGGCAGGUCAUUGACACGCCCGGUAUCCUGGACCACCCGCUCGAGGACCGCAACACCAUCGAAAUGCAAGCCGUCACCGCGCUCGCCCAUUUGAAGGCCGCCGUCCUGUUCGUCAUGGACGUGUCCGAGCAGUGCGAUCGCAGCAUCGAAGAACAGAUCAGCCUCUUCGAAUCGAUCAAGCCGCUCUUCGUCAACAAGCCAGUGCUCAUUGGUCUCAACAAGGUCGAUGUUCGUCGACGCUCCGAUCUGCCACCGGAAAAGGAGGAGCUACUCAAAAAGCUAGAGGCCGACAACAUCCCACUCAUCGAAAUGAGCACCAUCACCAAGGAGGGCGUGUUGGGGCUUCGUGAUGCGGCCUGUGAUCAACUUCUCGUGCAGCGUGUCGAGCAGAAACUGCAGGCCAAGAAGCACGUUUUGGGUGAUGGGGUGCUGUCGAAGAUUUUCGUGGCUUACCCGACUCCUCGGGACGAUAAGGUCCGCGCCGCCUUCAUCCCAGAAUCCGCUGCCAAGAAGCGCAUCAACACCCGCAGCGGCACGACUCGCGACGUCAUUGCGGAGCAUCGCGACGAGCGCACGAGAAAGCUCGAGCGUGAAAUCGAAUUGGAAAUGGAUGAUGAUUAUAUCCUCGACCUCAAGAAGCACUACAUGCUGAAGAACGACGACGAGAAGUACGACAUCAUUCCUGAAGUCUGGGAGGGGCACAACAUUUCCGACUUUGUCGACGUAGACAUCGAAAAGAAACUGGCCUACCUGCUCGAGGAGGAGCGUCGCCUUAUCGAGGCUGGAGAAUACGAGGACGAUCUCGACUCGGAUGACGAGGAGACCAAGGAUCUGCUCAAGACGGCCACGAAGAUCAAGGAGAAGGAGGAUAUGAGGAAGCUCGAAAACUGGGAGAAGAAGGUCAACAGCACCGCCCACCACAUCUCUCGCUCAAUUCAUCGCAAGCGCGAACGCACGAUGAGCAAGUUGGAGCAAGAUUUGGGCGAGCUCGGAAUGGAGGUGAAGGCAAAGCGCAUGAAGAACCUGCAGACCGACUCGCGCAGAACGCCGAGCGCCAUGAAGAUCAGGGUCGGAAAAUCGCGAUCGCUGUCGGCCAACCGCUCCGUGCCGCGACCGGAACAGGGUCUGCCAGAACCGGAGAAGCGCGAGGCUGUCCGCAAGUUGGUCAAGAAGACGCAGCGCCCGAUGAACCGGAACGCCAGGAAGGGAGAAGGAGACAGGCACAUCCCCGACCUCAUGCCCAAGCACUUGUUCUCCGGCAAGCGGAAGAUGGGCAAGACCGAUCGUCGU